GAAUAGGAUGAUGAAGAACUGGGGUGUGAUUGGAGGCAUCGCAGCUGCAAUGGCGGUGGGCGUGUACGUGCUGUGGGGUCCGAGCACAGACAGGAAGAAGAGGAGGAAAGAACCAGCAUUAACUUCUUCAGCAAUUUGAGCAACAGUAGCUCGUCUGUAGCUCGUCAAUAACAGUAGCUCGUCUGUUGGAUUGGAUCACACGGGCCAGCCUUCGCUCCCCAUGUGCAUCAGUGAGACUUGGCUGUCCAUGACCCUGUCACCAGUUCACCAUUGUUCCUUGUUUGGACCACUUUUGAUAGAUACUGACCACUGCAGACCGGGAACACCCCACAAGAGCUGCAGUUUUGGAGAUUCUCUGAUCCAGUGGUCUAGCCAUCACAAUUUGGCCCUUUGUCAAACUCUCUCAAAUCCUUACACUUGUCCAUUUUUCCUGCUUCUAACACAUCAACUUUGAGGACAAAAUGUUGACUUGCUGCCUAAUAUAUCCCACCCACUAACAGGUGCCAUGAUGAGGAGAUCAUCAGUGAUAUUCACGGCACCUCUCAGUGGUCAUAAUGUUAUGGUUGAUCGGUGCAUGGUCCCGGGGUUGUUGAACCUAGGAAACACAUGCUUCCUGAACGCACUGCUGCAGGGUCUGGCCACAUGUCCUUCUCUCAUCAGCUGGCUCCAGGACUUUACCACCCACAGCCGCUCCCAUCUCUCAGGCACAGGCACACAGACAGAUGUGCAGACAGAUGUGCAGACAGAUGUGCAGACAGAUGUGCAGACAGAUGUGCAGACAGAUGCAAAGACAGAUGUGCAGACAGAUGUGCAGACAGAUGCAAAGACAGAUGCAAAGACAGAUGCAAAGACAGAUGCAAAGACAGAUGCAAAGACAGACGUGCAGACAGGUACGCCGCUGGACAUACGGGUUUCCAAAACACUGUUGCAGCUGCUUACAGCUCUGUCCAGUCCCGAUCCCGGAGAGGAUGAUGUUUUGGAUGCAGGAUGUCUGUUAGAAGCUCUUCGUCUGUACAGAUGGCACAUCAGCUCCUUUGAGGAGCAGGACGCUCACGAGCUUUUCCAUGUCCUCACGUCGUCUCUGGAGGAGGAGCGUGAGCGGCAGCCCAGAGUCACUCACCUGUUUGACAUGGAGACGCUGGAGAAAUCAGCAGAAACGAGCGAAAACUCCAUUAGCUGUUGGAGUCGAGGGCCUCUGCAUCCCAUUCCAAACCUGUGGAGGACGCAGCACCCUUUCCACGGACGUCUGACCAGCUACAUGGCCUGCAAACGCUGCGAGCGCCAGAGUCCAGUGCGUUAUGAUUCAUUCGACAGCCUCUCGCUGUCCAUUCCUUCCGUUCAGUGGGGUCGGCCAGUUACUCUGGAUCAGUGUCUUCAGCAUUUCAUCUCUUCAGAAACAAUUAAAGAGGUGGAGUGUGAGAACUGCACAAAGAAACAGGCUGAGUCUGGGGACAGUCAGGUCCUGGAGAGCCAGAGGACGACCUUCGUAAAGCAGCUUAAACUCGGAAAGCUCCCUCAGUGUUUGUGUAUUCACCUGCAAAGACUCACCUGGUCUCCAGAGGGCGCUCCCAUUAAGAGACACGAGCAUGUUCAGUUCUCCGAGUACCUCAGCAUGGACCGCUAUAAACACAGCAGUGCUGCACAGACACUACAGAAGCCCAGCAAGGCCAAAAAACCCGCAACAGAAGAGCCAAGCAAUCAAACCGUCGCCAAUGGAGUUGACCCAGAGCACCACAACAACAACAAGCCCCAUUCAAACGGCAGCAUCUCCUCUGUGUUUCUCCGUCCAGCAUCUCUUGGCCCUCAGCUCGACCUCACACACGACUUCAGCUCGUCAGAGUAUCUGUUCCGGCUGACGGCGGUGCUCGUGCACCACGGCGACACACACUCCGGUCACUUCGUCACGUACCGGCGCGGUCCGGCGUCGUUCAGCAGCCCGCAGUGGCUGUGGGUUUCAGACGAGUCAGUGCGCAAGGCCAGCCUGCAGGAAGUCCUCUCCUCCAGCGCGUACCUGCUGUUCUACGAACGAGUGCGCAAGUGAACCAGGACACCAGAUCUGGGCUGCAGGUCUACAGAGAACUGAGUGUUUAAUAUUAGACCAAGCGUGUAGCUGAUCCAUACAACAGAGCUCUACCUGAAACUCAGAGCGUGUAGGCUGGAUGAAGCCGAGUUGUAAAAGAGGUUCACGCUCAUGCUUAUUGAGUACAAUAAAACGGUUUAGUUAAGGGUUCUUCUAGGAGAAGCAGCUUAUACACCUACUCAGUCAUGCAGUUAUCCAAACAGCCAAUGACACAGAUACACGUCAAGAUCUCCAUGUGUUAAGGCUCACAUCAAACAAAGGUAUGGGUGAGCUCAGUGACGUUUCUAUAAGUUUCUAUAUUCACUGUAGCCUCAGAUUCCUGUUCAUCACUGGUAUCGGUGAAAUUCGAUGUGCUCCUCUGCUGGGGUAGUUCAUCCGCCCCAAGGUCCGAUGACCUCAGAGAUGUUUUUUUGCUCAGCAAGAGUGUGUUCUUGUCAACUCAGAUCAGUCUGUUGGGAGUGAACAGCCCAGUUAAUGAAAUACUUGAACUAGCUAUACAACUAGCCAACAAUGCCAAAGUCACUAAGAUCACACUUUUCCCCUGUUCCUAUGUUGAUGUGAAGAGCCUUUAUUUGCAGGAUUUUUUGUUGUUACAUUGCGCUGAUGGGAAUGGAUAAGGGUAGGAUUUAAGAAUCUUGAUACUAAAAUAAGCUUUUUGUUUUCCCUGAAGUACCUCAAAGGAAGAUUGUUGAUCUAGAAUCAGCACUGAAAGACUACCACUGAUCCUGGAGCAGUGCUUCUUUUAAACAGGUUUAUGGCAUUUUCACUGCAGUGUUCUUGGGAUGGUUAAAGGGUUCUAGCUUUCUAAAGCGUCUUUACUCGGACCCGAUGGCCAAAAGAAAAAAAAAACAAAACACUUUUUUUAGGAGGGGAAAAAAAAACAUAUUUUUUUUCCAAAUCCUGGUUUUUUUGUAAAUGUAUUGUUUUCUAUGUGUGUUCUGCCUCAAGUCUCCUCUUUCAGUCUGGGUGUGCUGAAAGCAUUGUACUUUGAUACAAAUACAGGAAGGAGAAUGUUUUUAAACUUUACAUUACACUCUUAUUAAAAAAAAACAAAAAGAAGAAAAAAAA